CCAGAGCGAGCGAGAGUCAGUGCGGCCGGGGAUCUGAGCCGGGCCAGACGCACACCGUUCCGGCCUCCGCGGCCUUGUCCUCUUUAAAACCCCGAGUGCAGUGUGAAGGCCCUCAUUAAAAAAAAGAGUAUGUGAAUAAUAGUCGCCAAUGCCACUCCAUUUCAUCCUACCUCAUUACAUCAAAGCAACGACGUGUGCUCCUUCUUGUAUUACGAGUGAUUAAGGUACUUAUGAACACUUCAAACUGAAAAGGAAAAUUAAGGGGAAAAGUAAUAGUAAUAAUUUCUACUAUAUUAAUAACAAAUACAACUACAAUACUCGAGUAGUAAAAUAGGAGGGAGGUGCUUCCGUGGCGUUACAUAAUCUGGGCCACUUAGUUCGACUAGUCAAAAUAUAUUGUACCGACGCGUCGCGAAGAGGAGACUCAGGAGCCUCGUCAGGUGACUGCAGGUCCUCCCUCGCCACAAUGGUCCACACCGCGCCCUCGUGUGCUGACUGAGUGCUGGUUGAACACACCAACACCCUAUUCGCACACUCCCUUCGUCAAGUCGGCCACCCAGCGCCGCCCAGGGACUCAAAAUGGAUCUACUGUGUUGCGAGAAUGCAACGGUGGACCUUGAUAUGAAGUGCAAAUCUUACUUAGAUCCCGUGUUACUGCGUGACGACCGAGUGCUCCUUAACCUCUUGAACUUGGAAGAAAAAUACAUGCCCAAUUCGAGUUAUUUCUCGUGUGUGCAGACAGACGUGGAGCCUCGCAUGCGGGACACCGUGGCCCAUUGGAUGCUGGAAGUGUGCCAGGAGGAGCAGCAAGAGGAGGAGGUCUUCACGCUCGCCAUGAACAUGAUGGACCGCUUCCUCUCGCUGGUCAAGGUGAAGAGAAACCAGCUCCAGCUCCUCGGCACCGUCUGUCUCUUCCUCUCCUCCAAAAUCAAGGAGUCCCCGCCCCUGGACCCAACCCGCCUCGUCUACUACACCGACUUCUCCAUCACCAUCGAGGAGAUCAGGAAGUGGGAGCUGCUCGUGCUGUCGCGGCUCAAGUGGGACCUCGCGGCCAUCACGCCUCACGCCUUCCUCGACCAGAUCAUCGCCCGCCUUCACCUCAGCUUCCCGGAGACUCAGAUCCGAGUUAUCCGAGAGACAGCCACCUUCUUCAUCACAGUCUGCGCCACCGACGCGCGGUUCACCUCAAACCCUCCGUCAAUGGUGGCGGCAGCGGCGGUGGCGUCAGCUAUCCAGGGAGUCCUACACAGGCACGAGAUGGAGCAGGAGGCGGCAGCGGUGGCGCCCCUCAGUAUGGACUCCCACGGCGACCACACCUCCGCUCAGCAGUACAUGCAGGAUCUCUACCAUCGCCUGCAUGACAUCACCCAGAUCGACACGGACUGCCUGAAGGAGUGUCACCGACAGAUCGAGAUCUGGACGCAGAGCAGCGGUCACAGUCCCGCUCACAGUGCGGAGUCCACCACCCCGACUGAUAUGCAGGACGUCAUGUUCUGACGGCAGAAUCCGAGCACCGACCUCCUCCCUCACCCUCGCCAACAGGCUGGGGGCUCAGAGCCCUCUCUGGAGUCCCCCGGGGCCAGCCCCAACACUGCCACUUUCUGCAGUCGGUGACUACGGAUCUAUGAAGACCCGUCGGCACCGACACGACCGGCGUGGUUGUUGCUGCCCCGCCGGUGUGGGCGUGGGGCCUGCCGCCCCUCCAUUCCAAAGGGACGGCCGCCCCCACCAUGCCUACCAUGUGCACAAGCUAGUCGGGUUGCUAAUUUAUAUCGGAUAUAAACUGACAUAAGCUAUCGCUAUUGCUACUGCUGUUCUGGGCAUGUCUGCCACCCUGAGUGCUCCUCCUACCCGUUGCCUUCCCUUCCGGAGCUCCGCCGCCUUCUCUUCACAACCGCCUCGCCCUUCUUAUCUUAACACCAGCGGCGCCUCUUCACGCUGAUCCUCCCGCCUACGCCGCCCACGCCGCCCAGUAACGCACCGUAAGGCUGGCGGAGUUUUGUCUCUGCUGGCGCCACUCCUGGCGGUAGACGCUGACAAGUGCCAGGAAAGGUUGGUGAUUACCAUCAACAGGGCGGAGGCCGCCGGGUGGGCGUGCCCUGGCCCGACCUGCCCACACGCCCCACCUUCCUGGACGGUCGCCUCUGAACUGUGGCCUUGGGGAAGCCUGCUGAAGCACCGAAGAGACAAAUAUUGGUGUGUCCUUAACUAGGUGAGAGAGGAGCCUUCCGCAAUUGGACAAUUGUUUAGGUCUUUGGAGAGCUGUUUCCCACGCAGGGGCAGCGGUGGCCGGCGGGGCAGUAGCCACGCUCCGCCUCCUGCCUGCAGGCGUGGCUGGCACCAAAACUGUGAUUGAUUUUCUACUAAUACGAACUCCGAAAAUAUGAGAUAUACGAAAAAAGAAAAAAAAAGUGAAAGUGGAUUGUAGGACUACUGUUAAGAGAAAUUUCGAUGUGAUAUAACCUUAGAGUGGAGCCUUAGCUUAAGGUCACCUGACAAGUGUAGGGUAAGAGUAGGAAGCGAACGACAGAUAGGCGUUAUUGGUCCCUUUCACCUGGCACGCAUUCCCCGUCGGCCUCACCGCCCACUAGGGGUCCAAAGCGUCAUAACAGCAAAACCGCUCCAUUAUGACGAAGACAACGGCUUCAGGACGCAAAGUGUCCAUGGCGGAGACAAAGUGGUGGUCAGUAAGGCUUCGACAGCGGUCAGGAUUCCUUUUAUAUUUUUUCACUUUGAUUUUAUGCUGUUAUUUUUACCAAGCUUUCCUUAAAUAUCUUGGAAGUUUAUUGUAUCAUAUUACCUAAGACGAGAUGUCUUGUUUGUUCCCACUUGGAAACUUUAGUCUUUUUAUAUCUACAAAUUAUAACUAUUAUUAUUAUUAUUAUUAUCAUUAUUAUUAUUAUUAUUAUUAUUAUUAUUAUUAUUAUUAUUGCUUUGUCUUCCUAGACCCAUAACUUCCGGCCUGGUAGUUGCUAUAUGUCGCUUUGAUAACCAUCCCACCCCAUGUCCAGCACCUUCUCAAGAUUAGCUUUGAUUUCAUUUUCCUUCUUUUAUUCGCUCCUUAGUUUGAGUCAGUAUUGGAAAGACAGUCGGUAUAUUGUCCUAUCGCUCCACACCAUUAGCUUCCUCCACGUAGUGUUCUGCAUUGUAAGAACUAAGCGCUGUGACUCCCCGCCCCGACCCUCCCACUAUUAUGGUUGCCAGCAGAACUGUGCACGUUCCUUUUACAUUAAUUCUUAAGGUGUGUCGCUGCUGUCCAGGCUCUCACUCUCACUCUCACUCUCACUCUCACUCUCACUCUCUCUCUCUCUCUCUCUCUCUCUCUCUCUCUCUCUGAUCAAAUUCGCGUUAAGACAUAGAAAGGUCACUCUUUUAUCAUUUUAUAAUUUCUGAGCUGUAAAAAAGUAUUAUACAUAUGUAUUUUUUUUUUUUGUUGACCAUAAUAGUUACUUGCAUCGUUCCUUUUUUUAUCUUUUUUUUUUUCUUAUUCUUGGCAUUUGAAUCCCUGGAGGAGACCCACACUCGGUAUCUCGCGUGUUGCCUUAGGUCGUCGUGUUCUCUCAAGAUCAGUUAAGGCAACUGAUCUUGGUCUCUGCCUCGGUCGCGUGUUUAGUAACUUCCCCUUCAAGCGACCCUCCCGCCGCUGGUGACCGCCUCCUGCCGCACUAGUCCUCCGAAGGGAACCCGCCAGUGUAACCCGACCCUUCCCCCCUCAUCGUCACCAGUCCCCCUCCCUCCUUCCUCCUUCCCUCCCUCGCACUGCAGGUUUUAUACAGGCAAGACGUGCUUAGCUACUUCUAUUUAUACUGAUUUAUUGAAACACAAAAAAAGAUACUUAUUUAAUGCAUGUUAGCUUUCCAUGGGAUUAAAAAAACGUUUUGGCUCUUCGUAUGUGUGCGCCUUGGUUGUUGUUAGUAUUUUUUAUCAUGAACCAAGUGACUCGUACGGUUCUCCCUCAUCGAUGUAUACUACGACUACUGCUACUACUACUACUACUACUACUACUACUACUACUACUACUACUACUACUACUACUAUACCGGGUUAGGAGUUCCGGGGUGGUCAAGCUACAUAUGUUUCUAAUGAAGGCAACGAUGACCUCGCCUCCCCCUCACACACACCCCGGGUAGCCGCCCUGCCUCCCUCCUUAGGUCACUUUUGAAGGCCCUGUCACGCCACUACUCCCCUCCACUCCCCUCCCCCUUUAUAUGGUGUCUUAAGGUUAUCAGACCAUGCCCUCUACACACACACACACACACACACACACACACACACACACACACACACACACACACACACACACACACACACACACACACACACACACACACACAUACUCUCUCUCUCUCUCUCUCUCUCUCUCUCUCUCUCUCUCUCUCUCUCUCUCUCUCUCUCUAGCAUCCCAUUCUGUUUGUUUUGGCCACCAUGUCACCAGCUGAGAUGUCUUCAAUCUUAUCUUGUAUUUGUACUUAUAAUCAUCAACUAGUCAGGUCGUUAACUCAUCCCAAACAUCACCACCACCACUACCACCACCACCGCUACCAACAUCUAUACACGUGGAGCAGUGAUCGCUACACGCUGUUAGAGACGAAAACUUUAGUCAGUCAGUCAGUCAGUCAGGAGGUGCGUCAGGACACGAUUACGUACUUGUUUCCUUUCCCUUACUUGGUUAAGAUUAUUUUUUUUUAUUUCUAUUCAUUCUUUGCUAUUAUUCAUUGUACCAAGUUACCUACCAGUUACGACUACUACUACUCUACUACUACUACUACUACUACUACUACUACUACUACUACUACUACUACUACUACUACUACUACUGUUAAUGGAGCAAUGAAAACUGUCUUAAAUUUUGCUUCUCUAUCUAUAACGACGACGAUCAGUGUGUGUGUGUGUGUGUGUGUGUGUGUGUGUGUGUGUGUGUGUGUGUGUGUGUGUGUGUGUGUGUGUGUGCGUGUGGCUAAGAAAAAAAACUAACAAUUCCUGUGCCAGUAUCUACCCAAGCGCUAAAGAUAUAGAUAGUACUCCUCGCUGUCUGCCUACUGCUAUCACCCCGCCACGCCACGCCUAAAUGCUCGCCUGUCUUGGCCUCACCUCUGAACCCAAACCCUACACCACUCAAAGCCCGCAUCCCCCGCCGCCACGCCUCUCCACUGCAUAUGGACCACUAAGCACUUAAGCAUUCCACAUUACGAACAUUUUUCCCCUCUUGUGGACAGACACGUGUAUUGAAAUGUGUUCUUGUCCUGUUCUGCGCCGCCCUAACCAUCCAGUCACUCAUCCAGCUCAGCCAACCAUGCCCCGAGUCCCUCCUUUAGCCUUAAACUGUAUCCCCGUCACACUUCAGGCAACGAAAAGGCAUACUUUAUAUAGUGUUCUUUUUAAGAUAUCCUCAGGCCGUUCCUAGCGUCGCCUCUACUAAGAGUAUUUAUUAUUAUGAUUAUUUGUCUGCUGUUUGAGUUAUAUUUCGAGGGCAGGGUUUUCAUUAUGCUUAUUGUUGUUAUUAUUAUUUUUAUCAUUAUUAUUGUUAUUAUUAUUUUCAUUAUUAUUUUUGUUAUUAUUAUUAUUAUUUUCUCAGGUUGGUAAGACUAUAUAUGCCAGUUUCCCCUUUCGCCUCGAACUUUUUAUUAUUUUUUUUACUUUAUUUAAUUAUUUAUUUCCUGAUGAUGUUCUACGCUUAAUUACUCCACGUCGCAUCCUUAUUUAGCAUUGUACAGACUUUCAUGUAUGGUAACAAAAAAAAAACUUGUAGGUGUUUGCUUGUAGUCUUUUUUUUUAUUAUCUAUUAUAAUUUACGGUACACAGAGAAACUAAUCUACUAAAACAAAAUAUCUAUUGUGCAUGGGUGGUAAAGUACAAUGAAGUAAAUAGUGUGUACUUCAAAUCAGAGUCAGUGGCUUAUGUUAUACACGGGACGAUGUUCACUUUUUUUUUUUUUUAUUCUUUUUUUUUCUUUUUUUUUCUUUAUCUAUUAUCAUUUUUUUUAGGCUUGUUGACUUUCUCCUCGUUCGUCGUUAUAUUGUAACUUCUCUCGCACUCCUAUAUCCUGACUCUUAUAGAUAAUGGAAUGUUUAAGACAGUUAUGUAGUGGACAAAAAAAAAUACAGUAUACACCUUUGUAAUGUUAACGAGAAUAAUACAUACUUGCAGCUUCAGCAAGGUUGGCUCAGGAGAUAAAGGAGAUAAGACAUUCAUGGUGGUGCCAAAUUGUCAUAUAUUAUCGCUUUUGCUGCCAAAUUGUAUCAUCAUCAGACAUCCAUCGUUAUGUUCUGUAUUUCUACUUACGUACGUGUUGUCUUCACGCUGUGUAUGUGUGUCUUUGUUGUUGACGCGUAACUAGCCAGCAAACAGUUUCGGGGGACGUCGGUUGUACUCUACUAUACUACUAUACUCUAUAUCUGUGGGAUGCGCCCCCGCUCCAGUGACCACACACACACACACACACACACACACACACACACACACACACACACACACACACACACACAUGUACACA